AACAGAAAGACGUUGAUGGAGUCGCGACCGCGACGCAAUAUCGUUACGCGCAGCACCGUCUCUUUACGGUCUGUACCCCCCGAUCGAAAUAUUUCGAGAGCUACGUAUCUCCUUCAUCAUCCUUCCUGAUCCAAUUGCAAGUCUAUGUACAAAUACAUCCGAGUCCCGGAUCACGUACUAAAGCCGGCACUGGAAACAUAGGGAGGAGGGGGAGGAGAUAAAGUGGCCGCGCGCGACGGACGGCGAGUCGUGGUCGACGGUCGACGUCGACGCCGUGCCUCGUUACGGGCCGCACGCAUUAAUCGGAGGCGCGCGCGCGAGAGCAGCGUGUGUCAUGCGGUUAGUGCUUCUGACGCGGGUGGACUCCUCUCCGGCUACGUUCGGCGCGCGUCUCGACACGUACAACGGGGCCCCGAUUUAAUGGGCGGGGCCGCGAACGUGGGGCCACGGAGCGACCUCGGUGUCGGUGUUCGAAGUGGUGAGCUGCCGUGCCGACGUGCCGUGCCGUUGCCGCGGCCAUCGCCGUGAACGGUUCGCCUUUUCCUCCACGAGCGUAACGUUGUUAAAUGGCGCGGCUCGACGAGCGUCAGCAUCUUUACGCCUACGACUUAUGACGUCGCUCUGACAGGAGGGAGAGAGACAGAGAGAAAAGAAAGAAAAAGUACACUCAUUACACUCGGCGCUCCAAAGGUUCCUCUCGGUGCACGUCGAUCGAUCAGUCCAGCGAGUGAUCUUAUGAGACGCGCAUCCAGAGAUUGCGUGAUCAAGGAAUUAACCGUCCCCGAGUAUUGAGAACAACGACGGCGUCUACGACGAGGAGGAGGAGGAGUACCGCUGGAUGAUAGACCAAAGAGGAUAGAGAAAGAAAAAGGGAGAGAGAGAGAAAGAAAUACAUAGCGAACAGCAGGAAAAACGAACGGAAGUAUGAACGGCCCCGGGAGUCAUCAGCAUCGUGGCUUGGGCAUGCAGGGUCGUUAUAGAGCUGUGGUGUCCAAUGGCGCCUCGUCGGGUCCGCACGUGCGCGCCCCAUCGCUGCCAUCCCACCCUCGUAACGGCGGAUGGCAUCCCCAGCAUCAGCAGCCGCCUCCGCCGCCGCCGCCGCCACAGCAACAGCAGCAGCAGCAGCAGCAACAUCAAUACGCUGCCGGCAACAAGGAAUACCCGUAUCGGCAAUGCCCGCCACGAUAUCACAAUGGAGAUUGCCCCGGGGUUGGCACGUCCUCUGGACCGGCUGGCAAGGAAGUUUCCUAUCACGGGAACGUGGGUGGAUCCAGCGUGGGAUAUAAGCCGCCUCCGCAGCACAGUCCGCAGACGAGGGGCCCGCCGCCGCACUUCCCCCAGGAGUCGGUAGGCCCGCCGGCCAAUUCCCCGCCGUUGCACAUCAAUAUCUGCGGACAGGAGAACGCGAUGCGCGGUCCUUUAUUGAACAUGAGUCCCGGCCUUGGAGCCAGUGGGGUGGACAUGGAGUACCGCAGAAACUCUCAAGCCACAAACCAGCUACCUCUAAGCCCCGUGCAGAUCCAACCGUCGCCGCCGUAUUACAGACAGCCUAGUCAGGACGAUGGUAGAAAGAGCGAGUCACCAUCGAGGAAACGUCGUCGAAUAUCCCGCAACGGCGCCGUGUCCGGGAUAGAGGUUCGAGAAACGACGCCUCCGGCUCCAACGCCGCCCCUGCACACAACCCCACCGCCUUGGGAAUUUGGGGGCGCACCCCAACGGCGCUCCCCGCGCAAUCACAUGUCCACCCGCGGCAGUCCGACGGUUAGGAACCGUUAUCAGCGAUACACGGACUCGUUUGGGCUCCCCUAUCCGUUCCUACCGAGUCACAAUCCCCACCAGAGUCUCCAUAAUUCCCAUCACGGCCUUCACAAUUCGCAUCACAACAUCCACAGCUCCCAUCCGCACGGUCUGCACAAUUCGCACCACAAUAUCCACAAUGCGCAUCAGGCGCAUCCCCAUCCAACGGCCGGUGGCACGGGACACCAUCCCGCCCAAGGUGCGAACGCGCCCGUUGUCGUCGACGUGGGUCAGGUUGGCGUGUCCGGUCUGCCGGUUGCCGUUAGCGGGGAGCCCCUGUGGCAUCCGCAAGCGCCGAGCUACAGAAUUCCGUGUCAACUUCAUAGUCUCUACACGCCUCACGGAACACACCCGUUCGGACACUCGUGCCAGGUGACACACCAUCAUAGUCACUAUUCCGCCGCUCAUCCAACGCAUCCGGGUCACGGUCUUGUCGGUUCCUUAGUAGGUGCCGCUUCCAGAGGAUACCCAACACCGGCUGGCGGUCCUGUAGCAGCGCUACAUCACACACAUGCACCUCCACCACCCGUCCAUACUACUGAUUAUACCGCCGCGCAUCAUCAACUAUCUCAGCAGAGAGAAGUCGAACUUGAACUGAUAGAGUCCCAUCAUCAUCAUAGAGUGGGCGCUGCGGCUGGUGCGCCGCUACCGUUACCACACUCGUAUUCUCCACCAGCCCUUACGCAGGUGACAACACCGCCGCCCAUAUUCCUGUCCGAGACGCGAAACAGUCAAUUGGAGAUGAUGCAGAAUAGAACUCGACGAGUAACAUCCAACGUUUUACGACGACCGAGAUUCAGCAGAUGGAGGGGUACAACUCCGUUACCACCCAUGACGUAUCCGGGAUACCUACUACAUUUUCUAGCGAUGUUCAGCAAUCCACCGCUGUCUCCGUACAAUCAGGCCGAAUUAUCUUCGCCUGAUUCUGUGACGGAGAAUUAUGAGGCAUUGCUGUCCUUAGCCGAGAGAUUGGGUGAAGCUAAGCCGCGCGGUUUGACUCGCGCGGAAGUCGAACAAUUGCCGUCUUACAAAUUCAACGCGGAGACACACCAGGGCGACCAAACCAAUUGCGUCGUUUGCAUGUGCGAUUUCGAGGCUCUUCAAUCGCUACGUGUUCUACCGUGUUCUCACGAAUUUCAUUCCAAGUGCAUCGACAAAUGGCUUAAGUCUAACCGAACAUGUCCGAUAUGUCGCGGUGACGCCGGAGAGUAUUUCGGAAAUAGCAGUGGCAGUAGUGACUGACGCCAAGCUGACGAUGUACACUAGCGCGAAGCGUCCCAGCCAUCGAGGACACUAUCACUACCACACAUUAUGGAGAUCCCGGUUGUUGCGUUGCUGCUAUUUCACGCGAAUCUCUGCCGUUAAAAAAACAUUUCUGUUGCUCUUUUGGGGCGAGAGACGAAUCACUGAUACAAGAUAGUCACAUGAUUCAUUGACGAUGAAACAUUUUUUUCGACCUCCGUUGAGAAUGACGAUUCUGAAACGGGCUGAAUCACAAGUGAGAAUUGUUUCGGUGUACGUGAUCUCGUUGAGUGUCGAGCGCAGAAAUAUCAAGAUUGAGGAACAGUGUAGCGUCUUUCCUGCUUUGGAAGAAAUAUAGCGAGACGCAAUAAAAGCAAUUUAGCAAAACGUUCCGUUAAGUUACGGCGCGCAUUUCCUAUCAAAAAGAAAGAAAAUCACAAGUCGAAGAUAUUACGUUUUUGUUCAUAACGCUUUAAUUAAUAUUUUAACGCUCAUUAAUUAUUCGUAUUAUGCUAUUCUGCAUUAUCGGAUUUAUGUACAUAAAAAUAACUGUAUACGCAGAUAUCGCAACUUUCCAUUAACGUUCCAUUUUUUAUAGUUUAUCUUUCAGUCUAGUGAUUGUAUAUACAUAUGAAUAUAUAAAAAUUUGCAUAAAUACCCUUAUACAUAUAUGUGUGCGCGUACAAAGCAAGCGGUAGAGUUUUGUUUGGACUUAACCAAAUGUAGAACACGAAUUCUUUUGCAAUAAAAAAAAAGUGUUUAUCGUCAGAGAGAUAAGGGAAAAAAAAUUGUAACUUCCUACUGUUAUAUAAGCUCUUGUGUCUUUGUAGUAGACCAGCUAAUUAUUUUAUUAUAUUAUAGAAAUGUAUAUGUAAGUAAAUUAAAAUUACUUUUGGCACCUUAAGUGCAGUAGGUAGAAAUUGUUGGAUUAUUGCACCGGGAUGCCACAUAACUAUUUUAUAAAAUAUCUAUAGGUUCGUGUUUAAUUCGACAUUUGUUUUUCUCUCUUGCGGCAAUUAAUUAAUUAAUUAUCCAUUAUCUUUUCUAAGUAUGCUCUAAAAUACGUGGAACGUUGUUUUGUUUCGUAUACUUUGUAAAAUCUGAUUUAAGUGAUUUAAAUAUACGCGUGAAUUUCGAUGAAAAAUUAUUUUAUAAUCGCGAGAGAGACCCGGCACGCAUAAUAGCCAAGUGCACGCGAAAAAAGAUAAACGAAAGAAAAAAAAGAGAACCUAAGAAUAUCGCUUCUGUUUCCUGCGUAUCUACCUCUGAUAGAAGAAACAAGACGAUUCAUAUUUUUUUAUAUACACAUCUCAUAAACAAUAAACAUACCUAUGAUAAGUGAAGGCAAGAGUGACCGGCUAAUAAAAAACGAGAUUCAAACGUUUUGAAACAUUCGAUAAGGAAACGUUAAUGAUUAGAACCACUGAAAAAAAUAACAAACGCUCGCUGAAUUCAAAAUGCUAUGCGGAUAUAUGUAAAUUUGAUCGAAUAUAGUCGAAAGAUUCUUUAUGUUAAAUCUUUCUAAUUAAGAUUAAACAUACACAAGUUUCGCGAAACUUUUUGUAGAAGCGGUUACAAUGUAGAUCGAAUUUUGCCACGAACAAGUUGUGUGCUUUUAGUUAAUUAUAUAACUCUUCCUUGUUUAUACAUAUACUUUUAUGCCAAUGUGAGAAAAUUGAGAAGAUUUGUUUAUAUUCUUGUUAUUUUUAAGAUGUUUUGUGUAUACUGUUAGGUAGAGAGCGAAUGUUAUUGGCAAGAUAUGAAAUGUUGAAAGCAGUUUUUUAUGUUUCAAAAUUAAUAAAAUUGCGGGAUAUGUAAUCUAACACUUUGACUGAUUUAAUAAUAUUCACGCUAUUUUUCAUACGCUCUCCUUUUUCUCGCUAACACAACAAUCUUACUUUUCGAUUUUUCACGAUAAUCAAAGAGAUUUGCAUAUGUGAUCGUGACUGUGAACUCGAUAGUCAUUUUCAGAUAUGAAUUUAUUGACGAAUGUGGCUCGCGCACGCGAGAUUACACAUAUGCAAAGCAACAAUCACAGGCUACAGUGAAAGGCGAUUGGCAAAAAACCUAAUUCGAUGUGUCUGUAUGUGCGCGUAUGUAUGCGUAUGUGUGAAGAAAAAAUGCGUUUGUCUCUACACACACAUUUUUUUUUUCUUUCAGACACAAUAAUAUUUAAUGUGAAAAAUAUUCUAUGGUGUCUACACGCCUAUAGAAUAUGUGUAAUUAUAUAUGUCGCAUUUUGUAAUUUAAGCUUCAAUAGCGUUAAUUGCAAUAUCAAUUAUUUUAUAAAAGAAAGAGUGCUACCUAUUAUAAAAAUUGUGCAUUAUUACUUGGUGCAUCGAGUUCUCUGUUGCAAUUCUCUUUCGCGUCAAUUGUCUUGUUUAAAUACGUUCGAAAGGAUCGACGCACCAUUGUGAGAAUACGAGGAAAAGAUUCGCUCGCGAUAGUUGAUUAGUCGGAAUCAUUGCCUUCUAAAAGACGUUUCUCGAUGGAACGCGUGGAAGUGCGUGUGAAAAGUGCGAAUGUAAUCGAAACUCCCUUAUUCCAAACACACGGAAACUUCAAAACACAAACCGAGAAAAAACAUGGAGAACCUGACGUCUCGAUGUCACACUUCCUCUUUCUCUAAAUCUGUAUCCUUCCACUUUUUCAAUUGCGUGCCUUUCUGUACACCGAUGGAAUAUCACGAGAGAGAAAGAGAGAGAAAGACGUGAGCAUGUUUAAGGAAGUGCGAGCGCAUAACGUCAACCACGUUGGAGCACUUACGGUCGAAAUUUACAUUUUUAUAUCCAGAGCAAACAUUUAAGAAUACCGAGAUGUUAUUAUGGAGAUACACCGAGAGAGAUGCGUCCAAUGUUUUACGAACAUGUUGAUAUUUCCUUUCGAUAACGUCUGAGAUUUCUAUUCGCACUCUUAUCCGAUAUCGCAUUUAACGUCAAAUGUAGCCAUCUGAACUGGACGUCUUAUCCGUCUUAUAUCUAAUGCACAGAGCCAUUAUCCGUCCUCGAAUGCAGGAUUCGAGGACAACGUUACGUUCAGCGUUAAAUGUGACAUGGAAGGAAUAAGCGAGGAAGAUGUCCACCUGCGAUUCGCUAUUAAUAUCGUAAAGUGAUGCAACAAGAUAUCUGUCGAUCGUUUCUUCAGCGCUAUAACUUUAAUUCUACGGUUUCUUUUACACGCGUUUAAAGACAGAUUUUUUUUUCUCCGUAUUUUCGCAGGUCGAUGUAAUAAAUUUUAUUUGCGCAGGAACUCUCAUAGAAUCGAAAUUAAUAUUUUCGAUCAAAAUAUUGACGAAUCUUCAAUUCAUUUGAUACGUCGAUGACGUUAAUGAACGAGUACUAAUCUCUCCGAGGGUCGAUAAUUGUUUCCGGCAAUAGUUUUUUUUUUUUUUAAUUUAGUUUUUUACGUUCAGAGAGAGAGAGAGAGAGAGAGAGAGAAAAUGCUGCUAUAAUAUAAUAUUAUAAAUUUAUAAAAUAAUGUCCAUGUGAUGUAUCAGUUGUUAUCACGCAUUGUUUAAAGUUCUCAUCAAUCUUGUCACGUAUUGAUACGUAGUCUUUGAAAGUUUAUGGUUAUUCAUCUUUGGAGAUUUUUCAUUCGCGAGUUUGGAAUAUCGAUCGUCUGACUUCUUUAAACAUUCGUCUGUGAGAAAUCGCAUAUACGUAACAAACUACACUUUUAAUAAUGUCAUACGGGUCCUAACUUGUCACAUAUAUGCGGGAAAGCUACCUUACAGAAAUAUCAAAAGUCUUGCAAAGGCGACGAGCGAGCAGGCACCGUUGAUCCUUCCUAGAUGCAUAAGAAGACAUAUCAUAUUUUCAUUGCACUCCUAAGACGCGCUGUUUCGCGUACUCUCUCUUUCUGUCGCAACGCAAUGACAGGAGAGAAAAGCGAAGAGAGAAGUCGAGAUGGCUCAUGUUUAAUUAGCUUAAGCUUGUACCAAGAAAAGUACGAGAAGGAACGAGCGCUUGAUGGGCAGAAGGCAAAAUUUUUUAUUUUAAGUUCCGUAAAACUAAUUAUUUAAUUGAAAUCUCAUUUUCUUAUUACGUGCAACUAUACUAUUUUUAACAUUUGUUUGCGACACAUUUCAUCUAUGGGUCUAUUUAUUGGAAUGAUGAAAUAUGACAACAAAGAUAGCAUGUUUAGUGUAAAAAAAUAAAAACAGAAAACGGAUACCGUUCAUACAUGAAUUUUCUGAGUCAAGAAUAAAUGGUUGCAAAUUGAUACAUAAAAAAAAAAAUUCUUUAACUACAAAAUUUCUUUAAUAGUAACCGCCUGCCCAUUUAACGUGAUGUUCCUUAAUUUUAGAUUAAGGUAGCAUAAUUUAUCAGUAACACUUAUCUCUUAAGCAUAUUCUUAAUGACUAUUGUAUCUCAGUCGCAGCGAGAAACGCGGUCGAUUUCUAAAACGUUUGACGAAACAAAAUCGACGAAAUUAUUAACAUAUAAUUGAAUUUUAUCUUAAAGUUUGAGCAAAGCAUUUUAUUUGUAGUAUAUUAAUAUUAUUUUAAUUAUUUGAAAGGUAAAGCAGCGGCGGAAUAAGAGUAACUUCUUGUGCGAGAAACGUUCGAGAAAUCGAUCGUUAAACAGUACCAAAAGUAAUUGUUCCGUAUAUUUAGCAAAGCCGCGAGUUGUUUUUAAAUAUAAUGAGAUAGACCUGUGUAUAUGUGUGUGUGUGCAAAUUUUACGGAGACACGCAAAUAAUCACCUGGUACAAGAACUUUUCUUCUUACACACAGCAUGUUGCGAAUAAUUUUAAUUCUAAAACAAUCUAGAAUGAAUUGAUUAUUAUAUAUACGAGAUGUAUAUAUUAAUUCUCCGAAAAAAAUAAUUUACAGAAAAUAUACACACACACACACACACACACACACAGAUAUCUGCACAGGUGAGCUUUCCUUCUUCUUUCGAGAAAAAUUAACGUACUCUCGUCACUUUUACAAAUAAAGGUGUCAUCUUUAAUCGGUGCCUGAAAGAGAUCACGCUCUGUACUUGCAUCUUACACGAAUACGGUAAUAUCAUUUUUUUUCUCAGCCUCUGCUUUAUGCGAACCGUGUAAAAUAUUUGUUACACAGAGAUCUUUGGUAGCGAAUAUAAUGAAAGAAAGGAGAUGGACUCGCGAGCGAAUAAUGUGUUUUUCCGCAUACGAUCACUAUAAUAAACGUACGCUAAUGUUAAUCUUGACAAGGUCAACGCGCUCUCAACAGCGAAAAUCUCGCCACCCUUUCAACGAUAAUCAUAUCAAGUGACCUGACGAUAGAGGCUUAUUUUUCAUAUUCCCAAAACACAAGGAACGAGUCGCAGCGAGUUUUUAAAAAAUGCAGAAACAUCACAAUUUAAUCAAACACCGCUCGCGUUUCGUAGAAGUAGAAGACACACGACUGGGUUGUCAUACACACAGUUACUCUAUAUUUCAAGUGGAGUUCAAUACUUCGGAAUUCGCUUAUCUCUCAGUCACGGAAAGAGAUAAAAUAAUAUGUUUCCAAACUAUUAUACCUUCCUAAAAAAUCGCAGAUUCUUCGAGGCGAAAUUGAAUUAUUUAGGAGAUUUAAAAACCCAAAGUUUUUAAUUAAACUUGAAGAAUGCGAAAAUAAUAUAUUUGUAUUAUUUUUCAAUUAAUGUAUUUAUACAUAGCAACGAAAAAAUUAAUUUACUUUAUAAAAAAUUUCAUAUGACGUUCAAUACACAAUCAAAAUAUAUAAUAUUGCAAAUUGAACAUUUUCGCCAAUAAUAAUAAUAGUCUUUACAAGUUUUAGCUGAAAAGAUUGAGUCUGAAAUUCUUCUAAGAAUCUGUCGAUGAAAGAAACGGCGAUAGUUCUGGAAUACAUCCUGUAUAGAAAGAAUUUGUUGCAUAUCCGAGGAAAAAACAUGCUCUAUCUUAUUUAAUAUUAUAUAAUUUUUAGCAUUACACACAAACCGUUCAACACUUGUAUAAAAAAAAAAAAAGAUAAUUCAGGAUUCUAUAAAUAUUUCCUAUCGUUGCGUCCGCUCUUAUUAAGCAUUAUUCCGAGUAUGAAUCUAAACUAAUUCGAGUAAAAGCUUCAAUUUAUGUGUGCGACUCAUUAUCAAUGAUAAGAUAUUGUUAAUAUCGUUUCAGCGGGGACACAGGAUGAUUGUGUAAAGUUACGAAAGAAAAUUGCGUCGAUACAGAAUGUAAAUUGUUUUUCUCGCAAUUUACGAUUGCGAGAUUAUUAAGAUUGGCAGGGGUUGUGUCGUUAAUUUUAUUAUUCACCUAACCCAUCGCACAAUAAUCAGCGUUGCUACUGCUGUAUUAGUUAUACGAUAUUUAAUUUGUCGAUUAGUUAUUGUUAUUAGAAUUGUAUUUCUGCUAUUACUAUUAUUAUUAUUAUUAUUAUUAUUAUUAUUGAUAUCGAUUAUAGUUAUGAUUAUUAUUUGCAUUAUUAAUUAAUUAAUAAUUGAUUUAUUGUAUUAAUUGUUAAAUUGUAUCCGCCCCAGCAAAAGGAGAGAAUAGGCUUUACUCGUCAGUCUGUGUUUUCAGUGUUUGGAAUAUGUAUUUUGUGACAAAAGUCAUAUGAAAAAAAAGAAACUCGAAAGCGCCGCAAGAAGCAGGUUACUGUACAGAUGCAAACACAUAACGAUGCCAAACAUUCUAUAUUAUUAGCAUUACGUUAUUAUUAUUAUUAUUAUUACUAUUAUUAAUACUACUAUUAUUAUUAUUAUCUCUAUAUGUGAUUAUACACCACUAUUAUUCCUAUUAAACGGAUUAUUACAAGUUUUUUUUUUCAUAUGAAAGUAACAUCGAUUAUUAUUUUCAUUUUUGACUUGUUCCAAGCCGAUAUUGUAUGGGUUUUUUUUUAACAAUAAUUUCAAUUAUAUCGCGUGCGUGUGUAUAAUUUUUAUUUCUUUGGGAGCGUAUACUCUUGGAUUAGGCGAUUUUAAUUUCGAACUCUUCUUAUUUUGAUUCUUUCGCGAUAUUAUCCUUUUAAUAUGAAAAAUAUAAACUGAUGUAUUGAUACUCUCGCACAAACAGAAUUGUAAAUUGUAAAUUAAUUUGGUCAGUCUAGGUUCUAGCCGCUUCUAAAGAAGAGUGAUGAGAGGUGAAGGGGAGGGAAUUGGCAUGCGAAAGCAACAGGAAUGAAAGCGAAAGAAAGGGAACGGAGAAAGCGUAAAAUGUGGCGGGGCACUUGUGGAAAAAGCUUACAGCAUCGACACAACAAAUAGCCGCAAAAAAAAGAAGAGAGAAGGAAAAAGAGAGAGAAAGAGAGGAAGGCUGCGGGAGAUAGCCUCCUCAAAAUCAAUUCGCUCUACGGGAUUAAAGUGCCUCAGGAUUGUAUCGUGUGGGCGGCGGCGACGCAAUCACGAGACACCUCCGUAGAAGAACGGUAAAUUCUAAAAAAGACGAUUGGAAUUUAUGUUUCAAAUUUAUAAACCCCUAAUCUUCGCAAUUACAGAUGAGUAGAAAACUUUUGGAUCUUUUUCUUACUUUUUUGGUGUAUCAUUCUUGUUAUAAGAAAUGCCAUUAUCGAUUUGAAAUGUCCAAUUGACAUUUACAAAUAAUGUGAAUUAAUUAGAUCUUAUCAUCCACUCAUAGGCGAUUUAUUCAAGCAACAUUAUCUAUAUAACAUGGAAAGGAAUAAUUUGUUUCUUCGCUAAAAAUGUGAGUAAUCCAUCUAUUGAUUGUUACACAAUUACUUAAUCAAUAUUUCCCAUUAAAUAACAUUAGAGACAAUACUAUGCGUGAUAGCCUGUCGAGAGCCUAACGAAAAUCAAUAUCGUCGAGACAAGGUAGUUUAUUCAUCUUUCUGGUAUUUUCUAUCAUCGUAUAUAUAUAAAUAUAUUACUCGAAUUAAAUCUUUGAUCUUUCCCUCCUAAUCGUGACAAAAAUUCCCUAAAAGGUCGAAAAUCAAACACGAAAGAUUUAUAUUUAUUCUGAUGCACACGUAAUAGUUAAAUAUAUACGCACACACGCAUAUGUAUUAGAAUCCAACAAGAUUUUUGUACUUGAUACACAUCUGAAGAUGAAAAUUGGAGAAAGAUUUAAAGAUUAUAUAUGCAAAUAAUACAUAUGCAUCAUAUAGAGAACACUAUGGAUAUACUCUGCGAUAUUUUUCUAGUACAUCGUUGUGGUAUUACAUGAAAUUAAAGGAUUUGACUUAAAAUUUAAAUUAAUUUGAAAUAUGAAUUUAAAAUCUAAAAUUUUAAAAUUUGUAUUUAAAUUUAUUUUAUUUUAUUAAAAUUAAUUUCACAGAAUGAACUUCUCGAUUCCUGCCUACAUUUUCCAGAGCAUAACCGAGAUGAGUCUAUAAGAUAUCUAGAGUCGCAAGAGAUCUUUUUAGACGAAAUCGUAGAUGUAUAAUAUUUAUUUUCUGUCAUACGUGACAUAAGAUCAAUUUAACGUUGGAGCCAAUAACGAAAUUGCACACUUGACGACAUCGAUCGACUUGGAUUAAUUGCAAUGGACAAAAAAAAGAUGCUAUCGCCGCAUAAUUAAUACAUUCGUAUUAUCUUCACAAAUCGCGCUGCUUUAUUGCCUUCCCCUUUAGGGAAAAAAAAAAAAAA